AUCGAUGAGAAAGGCAGCUCUGUCUCCACUAGCAGUGUCGGCGGCCCUCUCCGAAGCAGCGGCAGCAACAUCGACUCUGCCACCAGAGUGCCAGCGACGAUGCCGACUUAGCCUCCAAGAAGGGCGGCGACAACUACGACUCAGCCUCUAUGAGCGGCAGUGGUGAUGGCCAAGUCUCCUGCGACCAGCGGCGGAUCUGGUCUCUGUCUUGUUCAUAUUCAUAACCAGUGCUUAGUUUCCUUUAUAUUCAUCCGCUAGGAAAUCCGACGAAUGCAUGCCGCUCACUAAUUUCCUACAGAUUCUAGCAAUUAGGGAACUUGUUUAGAGUUGUGUGAACCUCAACGCCCUAAUUGUGGAAUUUUUGUGUUUCUUAUGGUUUCAGUUGAUCAAGCUUUGGGAGAUGAAAAAGUAUUAUUAAAAUUGAAACAGAAAUUAAUAAAAAUUGGAAAGCCUCGUUUCUCAUUUGCUCACCAAACAUUUAUGUGUAUGAUUUGAUUUCAUUUAUAUUUUCUCUAAUCACUUUUGACUCAGAUUUCAAAACCCAUAUCCUUUCUUCCAGUUAUCAAAACCCAUAUCUUAUCAUAUCUCCAAAACUCACCAAACAUGCAUCGUGGGUGUUAAAGUUGUUCUCCAUUAGACAUUUAUUUGCUCCCCUGAUGAACUAUACAUUCUAUUUCUGGCUUUAUCUACCAAACUGCUGUACCUUAUUCUUCCAAAGAGUGAACAAUGCCUUUUAGCUUGUUUCUUGAAUAUACUUUAUAUUUUGGCUUUUUAUCGAAGUUGUUUUUGCCAGAUCAACUGCAUCUUAUGUAAUCUCUUUGAUUCCCUGUCUGAUGUAUGCGGUUUACUUCGGCGGGUUUCUCAUAAUUUUUGUGCUUGAGAAAAUGGGCAUGUCGGGCUCUCAUCCUUCUCCAUAUGGCAAUUUUAUUCCUGAUGUUCUAGUAGCUGCUGUGAUUGGAGUUGUAAGUGGUUGGUGUAUUGGGCCUCUUAUACCUAUUGUUGGCCAACAUUUAGCUAGACAAUCCAUAAUGCAAUUAUUGUUGCACGUUGGUAUCCUUUCCUUGGCUGUGUCAUCACAAUUCUUUCCAUACAGCACUGAGGCGCCUAAAAGAGUUGUUUUUCAACAUACAAUUUGGAAUGCAGAUUCCAGUCAAAUUCUGAGCUCUAGUUAUGACUUUGCCACAACCGAUUCCAACUCUAUGCUUUUUGUAUUCAAACAUGCACCUGAAUUGACAAGGGAACUGCAUACCGAUACAAAUUUUUCUUUUCACAGUGUUGAUAAGGCUCACCCCGAUGAUUGGAUGGGAAUUUUCCCAGUAUCUUUCCUCUUUUCAACAAGUUUUAAGUUUCCUGCAAAGCCUGAGUUUAUCAUGGAUCAGUACAAAAGCUUCCCAGUUUUAUUCAAUCACAAGCCGCAGGAGCUUCUCAGUGGGGGCUAUCGUAGAAUAUACUUGGAGUUUUCUUUGGGUUCCACGAAGGAGGUGUGGGUUUCAGUUCUUAAUAUUACAGGCCCAUUAUUCAGAUGGUCUUUUGCAAACAACAAACUUCCAGCUCCAGAAAAAGAUGGUGAUGGCCCUCCUUCUUAUAUUUGUAGAUUAAGUGGUGCAAGUAGUGAGAACUGGACAUUCUGGUUAGAGGCGAGUAGCUCUGAAAAGAUUAGGAUUGAACUUGGUGUAAUUGACCAGCAUCUAACAGAACCGCAGCUGAAGUUGAAAGGGCUCUUUCCUGAAUGGGUAGAUGUCACAGCCUACUCGAGUUUCAGGUCCACUUAUUUGUUCUAGCCUCUGAUACUCACCUCACGCCUACUAAUCACUCUGUUUUGUCAUGUCAAGAGUUUGCCUCGAUGGUUAUUAUAUCGAGCUAUAAUUUAUUACAUUGUACCAUCGUUGCUACAUAUGAAUUGAACUGUAGUUUUGCUUCUUGACCCCCACACCCCAAUGGAGUUGGGAUUACACUGGUUUUGUAGUUGCAUUGACUUCAGUUUCUCUUCAAAACCAGUUAUGAAAUGCUUUGGUCAUGUGGAUUUGUGAUUUUGAUUUGAAGAAAAUGAGACGUUUCUC